UAUAUCAAGAUUAUUAUGAACUCCCCGGAUGUGUGUAAACUGAAACUGAAAGUUAAAGUUUACAGCACAUAUUCAACUCUAUUUUUUUUUAUUAGAAUCCACUAAAAAGAUGGUUGCCCACAUUGUAACUGUUGUGUAUACAGCAUUUAUGGUAUAUACUGCAUGGCCAGGAUCAAGUUUGUUUUCCUGGCAUCCUACACUGAUGGUGUUUGCUUUUGUUGCCUGUAUGUGGGAGGGUCUUCUGGUGUUUAACAGAGAAAGCUCUCUGUUUGUCAAUGUUGCCAGACCAACCAAAGUACUAAUUCAUCAGGUCUUGAACAUGGCAGCUGUCGUGUGUGCAAUUCUUGGUUUCACCGUCAUCUAUUACAAUAAAUCCAUCAAUGAUAAGCCACAUUUUACGACCUGGCAUGGUUUGUUGGGGUUGAUAACCGUCAUAUACAUCACAGCGCAGUCGUUAGGCGGAGAUGUAGUGAAAUACGAGUGGAUCAGAAGAAUUAUAGGUGUGCGAAUGAGCUUAGGAAAGUUAAAGAUUUAUCACGCUACAUCAGGACUGGUAGCUUUUACUUUAGUUGUGACAACAAUGAUGUUGGCCUUAUAUUCCACAUGGUUUACAUCACAAGUUGGUUGGGUGCUAUGGCUACUGUGUAACGGCAGCGUGUCAUUCAUGGCUGUAAUUAUAAUGAAUCAAGUUGUGACAGAAUAUUUACCAAAGACACAGAGACAAACUGUAGCAGCCCCUCUGCCUACAAAGAAAACAUCACAAAAAAGCGGAAGUUCAAGGAAAAAUAAGAAAUCCAAUUAAGAAAUAUUUAUUGUUAUGUCAACUUGAAUGAUUUUAAAGGGCAAUUAUAAAAGAAGUCAAUUUAUUAUUUAAAGUCAAACCUGUGUUCUUUGAAGUAUUUUAGUGAUACUGGUAAACUAAAACUACUGAAAAGACUUUUCCAAAAUCAAUUUUGGACAGCCCAUUUUCAAUUUAGGGAUAUCACGAUGAAAAUAUUUUAAAUGUUGGUCUUGGGAUGGCAUAAAUUCUGUUUGCAUGCCUGGUUCUAAACAUAAACUUGUUGGUUUUAUCAUGGGAUAGGUUAAUUAUGAUUAAAUCUACAUACACACUUAUUUUUCUCUUUUUUUUCUUAGUAAAGUUAUUUUUAUUUCUUUUUAAUACACAUAAAUCAAACAUUUUGCACUUGUACUAUUGUAAUAUUGUGCUUGUUCAUAGUUGUCCUAGAAACAUCGUUGUAUUUAACUCAGGGAUGCUGUUCGAUAUAUAAUUAUCAUACUGUUAAACGAUAAAUUCUUCUCAUAAUUUAUUGCAUUUUUCUGAUGUCAACACUCUUUGGAAGGUGAUAUUGGUUUCAUUUGCCAUCAUUUCUAGUUGCAUAAUUAUGUCCGUCUGUCUGUCCGAGCCUCCCCACUUGCACAAUAAUCAUGUCCAAACUGUAACUUUGUCAUGCAUUGAAGGAUUUUGAAAUAACUUGGCACAAAUGUCUAUCACAUAACAACGUUGUGUUGUGUGUUGUGUCCAAGAACCACCUCCCUUCUGCAAAGGUCAAGGUCACACUUAUAUUUUGAAGGUUCAAGCUAUCACAAUUAGAGAUUAUAGGUACACACAUUGUGUCUGUACUAUAACUUUGUCAAUUUGUAUUGAAGAGUUUUAAAAUAACUUGGCACAAAUGUCUGCAACAUCAAGAUAAAGAGUUGUGUGUAAGACUCAUGUUCCUACCUCCAAGGUCAAGGUCACUCUAAUAGUUUGAAGGUACUUAAGAAGAGUUUAAAGGUACACAUUAGUUUCCAAAAUGUAACAUUGUCAUGCAUUCAAAGAUUUUAAAAUAACUUGGCACAUCAAGAUGACGUGUCACAUCCAAGACCCUUGUCCCAAGGUGUUAAGUUUGCUAUAAAUAGCAGUUUAUUUCACAAGAACAAUAUUAAGCAAUUAGUUACUUUCAUUGUCUUUUCUUUUCAUAAUACCUGCAUGCUAAAGAAACCUUUUCAGGGGCAUUCGUCACCUGUGUUUUUAAUUUUAAAUUCUAAUAAGAGUUCUUGCAGCAGAUAUUAGCUUAUACUUUUUUUAAGGAUUGACUUUAUAUACAUGUGUAUCUGUGUAUGUAUCUGUGUAUGUAUCUAUGUUGCUAAUGCUUUGUUGUACACAUUUAGUCAAUUAAAAAAAUUAAAAAUUUCUAAUACAUAAA